UUCAAGAGACGUUUCGCGAACGAUUACCAGCAAUUAAGAAAGUGAAUAAUUACAGACAGAAUAAAUUAUUCCAUUUAAAUACCGUGAAGCGUUAUUGUUAUACGUUAAACGGAAAUAUUUACGUCGCACCUCUUUUCCUAAACUAAUUAUGUGAUUAUGAGGGAAGAAACGAUGAUUUUUGUGAUAAUUUUGUGCUUUCAUUUUGGAUUUGUUAACCCUUUAACGAUCGACAAUCAACUCAGUGUUGUACGAAACGAUUGCUAUGAAAGAUUAGCUUUUGGGCAAAAACUCAAUCCGCAUGAAGUCGACAAGGAAUUUCAAUUGUCCACGGUUCAAGAGUGCCAAAUGGCAUGCACGGAGGAGGGUGAUAAAUGCAGAUCUUUGAGUUUUGGGGUCGGUGUAAAAGGAAACGCGACUUGUUCCUUGAGCAGACACUCAGUAAGGGAAACCCCGGAUCUUAAACCCAUUGGGACCAUCAGCGACGUUGAUUAUGAUUUGUAUAUUAAAAAACUGGGUUGCAAAUUAGUAUUAAAUGAAAACCAACCCGCUGACUCGAAACCCCUAGAAAAUGGUCACAGAACCAACACAAGUGUAUCAGGGGGCUAUCAGAAUUCACGUGAGCCGUAUUUCGCUAAUAAACCGUAUCAGGUGCAGUCAUCAAUGAUUGGUGUUGCAUCAGGUUCCAGUUAUUCUGAAGAGCCGUUACGUUACGGCAUAGGAAAACCUCACUAUUUAGGAUCUUUUAAUCACUACCCACCCUUUCGCCCAACGUAUCUCAAUUAUCCGUACGAUCAUCGCUACUCUCACCAGAGUUACCAGCCGCAGUCAAACGAUCGUUUCGAUUUUGAUCCCAGCCCUUAUCUCGGACCAUCGUAUAAUCGAUUUGAGACCAAACCGUUGCAGGGUUACCAUGUUAAUAAUGUACAUAAGCCUCACAAAGUUCCGUCAAGACCCUUGGUCGAAAAUGAGCAUGAAUCAUUUUCAAGACCACCAAUUCAUCGACCAGAAAGCAACUACGAAUAUAAACCUUUUCGCCCCGAAACCGUACCUAAUCGACCCGAGCAUUUCGGUCAACAACCGCUCCCAAUCAAUAAUUAUGGCUCGCGACCUCAACGACCCAUAAAAAUACCAGACCGACCGGAUGAUUACUUUUACAAACCAAAUCCUCCUCGACCACAUCCCCUUGACGAAGGCAUAGGCCAGUAUGGUACCCGUCCACAACGACCUCAACAAUUACCAAACAGACCUGACGAUUAUAACUACAAACCCCCUCAAAGCGUAUGGUUGGAUCGUCCAACUAUAGUAGGCUAUGGGACGACUAUAAGUCAUCGACCAAAUGAAAUACCCGAUCGCCCGGUAUAUAUUCCAAAACCGAGCCGACCCGAACCUCCCAACGAAUACGGUCCAACCCUUCCGCACCGCCCAAUCAAAAUCCCAUACAAGCCAGACAACUACGACUACCUGCCCGAUGCUAUCAAACCAGGAAGCUACCGGCCUCACCUUAUUGAUAAAUAUGACACGAUUAAGCCGUAUCGACCAGGCCACUCGGACUAUGACGCGCUCGCUCCAAAUCGCCCCAUUUGGGCGUUAGAUUACGAACCCCAGCGCCCAUUUAGACCGCAUCGUCCUCAAGCGAACGGCUACCAAGUGGAAGAACCAAACGUGUACGAGGCGAAACCUAAAUAUCCCUUUGAGGACAACAAAUCUGGCAAUUCCACCCCGUACGGAGGGACAAUAACGGCGAUAAUGACAGAAAUAAAAGCAGCCUGUUUCAGACGUGUCCUGGCCGGAAAACGGGCACUCAGAGCGCUGAUAAGAAAGGCGGUACCUUGCGAGCGACUCGAAGAUUGUCAAAGGGAAUGCUCCGAUGAAAGACGCUUCGUAUGCGAGGGAUUUAACUACAGGUUGGACCCCACAGGGAGAAGCCAAGGAGAUUGCGAACUGCUGGACGUGCCCUUAUCGCGAUUGGAUAUCCGUGAAGAUAUAGUUAGUGAUUCCGAAUACGACUACUACGAAAGAGAUCGAAACAGUGAAGGCCCGGACUGCAAGGGAACAAGAUAUUAUGGCACCUACUCCGAUAGAAGAGAGGACAUCAACUACUAUCCCUACGAUAGACGCAGAGAUUACGACAGUGAUUACUUUGACAACGACGAUCGGUACUACUACAAAUACAGACGGCCCUAUCCCGACAGCGAUAAUGAUUUUUUCUAUUACGAUGAUCGUCGUGGAGGUAAGAGCUAUAAGUACGAGCGAGACGACUACGACUAUGAUAAAACGGACAACUCGCGCCCAGAUUAUAAAUCCUACGAGCCUUAUUUACCCUCCUGGUACCGCGAUCGCAAUAUCUACGACAGAGACAAAUGGUACAAGUACUACGAGGAUAGGUUAAAGGACAAAGAGUAUUGGGGGUUUAAGGACCAAGACGAGACGUGGGGUGGCUACGGAGGUUCUUACGGCAACUUUGGAAAACCCUAUCCUACCGACAUUCCCAAAUACUACCCCUAUUCUAAACCAAACGGAACAAAGUACUAUUUUUUUCCGGACGUAGAAAAGGACUCGAAUGACUGGGGUCGCUAUGGCGGAUCGUACGGGUAUGGGGGAUAUCGAGAUGCGCAGUCCAAUAAUAAAGACAGUUACGAUUAUUGGGGAUUGAGCAAAUUGGACAAUGGCCUACUACCCCCUUACCAAUCAAAACCGGAAUACACCGGAAGUUAUUUGCCACCGUACGAUAAAGGCCCAGACUUUUUAGGCAUUCAACAUGGAUAUGACGACUACAUUAAAGAUCAAUGCUCUUUGAGAAUGGCGACCGGCUUCCGCUUGAACAAAGGCACCAUUAGGAAGAUUAUAUCGGUUCCCCAUAUUUAUGAAUGUGAGGUACUCUGUCAUAAAGAAUCAGAUUUUCCUUGUUCCUCUUACACAUUCAGGUAUACACUGAUCAACAAUGCUCCAAAAGAGAAUUGCCAUUUAAGCGACCGAGAUUACAAAGACCUUGAUUAUUAUACAGAUUUAGAGCCGGACAGAGAUUGUGACGUUUACACAAUAAAUAACCGAAAUAGUUGCGUGCGGCCUAUUACCAAGGAAAGUAGUGAUUGUUUUUGGCGAGUGAGGAGCGGACAACGUUUAGACCAGCGAGUGGUUAGAGACACCCUUACAGUUAAAUCCAUCGUCGAGUGUCAGUUGGAGUGCAUCAGAUCUCAUCAUUUUACCUGUCGUGCAUUCAGUUACAGGUAUGGAUCUCCCUCGAUCGGUGGUGCUAUCGAUAACUGCCAGUUAACGGAUUGGCCCGUUUAUGAUCUCAACCCCCGUGUUCAUUUCAUACCCGAAAUUGGUUACGAAAUAUACGAACGGCGCAGCUAUGGUCACGGUUGUGAACCUCAUUUUGAAAUCGGUCACAAACCGAUUGCUGAAGAUAAAAUGGAUCAGUUGUGCUACGUCGGGUACGGCACUCAAGCGAAACUACUCCCUCAAGCUACUAAGAAAUCAACGUGGACUGCAACGGAAGCGGAGUGCAAGGCCGAAUGUACCCGUGCUAGGGAGAAAGGGGACUUUCAGUGUAUGUCAUUUAGCUACAGACUCCUGGUGCCAAAAGGAAGCGCCAAUUGCGAUCUAUCGGACAUAUUGCAAAGAGAUUUACUGUCGAACGUAGAUUACGUUCCAGAUCCAAAUUCGUGGCUAUUCGCCUGGGAUCUGCACAAUCCCCAAUGUGUGUCUGUGAUAAUAGUAGGCAACACAAUUUUCGGGGGAGAACACAUUUUUCAAACUGACAAAGAAGGUGGAGGAAUUGGACCGUGGAAUCCUACAGGACGUCCCGAAGAUACAUGGAAAGUCUACAGUGUAAGCGGUUAUCCGUGUAAACGAGGCAAUUACUGUCAAGAAAAUAAGGUCGCCGGAUUUUGGUACUGCGAAAUAGACGGGCCUGAGCAGCACUCGUGGGAUUACUGCUGUAAACCAGAUCACCAGUGCGGAUACAGCGAGGGUUUUCCAUACCAAUGGUGCUACGUGGGUCCAAAAAGAACCCAGUGGAGGAAAUGCAACGAGCGCUAUUAUCCCUACGGUUUAACGGACCGAUAUGACUAUCCCCAAGCGCCCUCUUACCUACCAGAAACAGUAUCGAAUCAUUUACCUCCACUUAAUCGCCCCAGUUUUAGACCAGAUCGUCCUCCGGUCGAGGACCACUACCUGGAUCCUCCCAAACCUGGUGGAUUUGGACAGACGCGCCAUUGGCCCAUAUCCUACUUACACAAGGAAUUGCCGCAGAAUGAUUCUCUACCGGAUAUUGAUCCGACGUUUGAUUUUCAAAAACUGCCCAAAGCAAGAAACGUAGAUAAGAACGAAGCGAUCGGAAAUGUAAUUAAGACCAUUCAAUCGAACGAGCUUAAGAACGCCGAAUACACGGUUUUAACUGCCACCAACAAUGCGAGCGAUAAUCUACCAUUCAAAAUUCCAUUACCGUUGAAUCAGUCUCAGGAAAGCGUUGAGUUUGGCAAGUUCGAACCGGUCGAUCUGUUGUUACAACCCAACGGUACCACGACAACUGGUUCAAAUCAACGAAGAGAACGCAGUGGGCGAACGUUCAGUAAGGGAGUUGUUACUAAAACGAGUAGACCAGUAUCUAACGCAUCCUUAAGUAAAAGUCGCGAAAUGGUUUCUACAUAACUGUAGAUGAAAGAAACUAAUAUGGAUGGAAGAUUGAAAGUUUCGAAUUUGAUUUUCUACCCAUACUGUUUGGGAAUGUUUAGGUUACACAUCUUUUGAGCUGUUAAUUUAUCAAUUGCUUUACUGUGAUCAAAUAGCUACCGUAUUUUCAACACCUAAGUAGUUUAUGUAAGUUAGUAGUAUUACUUUGUUCAUAAUUAAGUGCCUAAAUAUGUGGUAGUAACGUAAUUACUUUAUAGUAAUUUUUUUAGUACAGUUUAACAGACUAUGACGCUGUCCUUUAUU